AUGAUGUUGGUGACUUUGGUCUUGGGGUCGAGUCAGAGCAUUCCUUUGGUGAUUAACCUUACACGGCCGGGGCCACAGACCCGGGAUUUUGUUCUGAGAGACCUUACUGAUACGAUAAGAGCUCAGUUUGGAGCAAGAGAAGUGAGUUAUAAUCCGGAUAGGCCAAAUAUGCUUAAGGUUUCUACGAGCUAUUACCAGCUGCCAAAGACAGUGCUGGUGUUUGAUUACAAAGGACUGUCGGUCAGUUUUGGCACGGUUGUAAGUCGCUCCACUAACAAUUAUGAUUCUUACAUUAUGAUACUCAAUAAGAGGAACGACCAAGGUAAAAUUCGGCUAAGUGUUUGGGAGAAAAGCAUUUCUAUGCAGCCUUCUGGAAUGCUACGUGAUAAUGCUUUCUUUGAGCUAAUUGCGGAGAUUGAAAGACUAGUUUUGUCUGUCGGACAGAGGUAUGGAACUAUUAGCCAGGCCCAGAUGAGAAGGAUUACAGCCAAAUUGGGUUAG